GGUAGAAAUAGUUAAAAGUCAGCUGUUAGACAUUUGACCUCCCUGUCUUCCCUUUUAAACGUAUUCGCAUUUUGUCAGAAGCAGAGAUUAUCAGAAUUCGCAUAAAAUAAUCACUUAUUUUGUAGAAAGCGUAUAAUCCGUAUUUUAUUACAAAUCGGAAGAAAUGUUUCAUUUAUCUCUAAGGAAUAAACGUGUGUAGUGCGAUUAGUAAUGUCGCUUUUGGAGGCAUUCCGGUCGAGUUGGCUAAUAGCCACUUUUGGCUGUAUACUUUUUACUGGAGGAUUAUGCGUACUCUCCUGGAAUGAAGGACGAGCUGUGCACACAAUUUUAUCUCUCGAUGAAGCGCUUGAUGAUGCAAUAACUUUAGAACCUAAUGAAGAGUUAGAAUACAAUUACAAUGGUCGGAUAGUACAUAUGACCGGUCCUAUAGUGAUUGGGGAACCACUUACUGAACCAGACUACAAUAUACAAGUGCUUGCCGUAAAAUUGAAACGUCGGGUACAAAUGUUUCAAUGGGUGGAGGAGUCAAUGGAACACAAUUAUGGGGAAAGUGUUGCAGCUGUGCAAACAGAAAGUCGUACAUACUAUUACUAUACGGAAUGGCGUGAUAAAUUAAUUGACUCCCGUAAUUUUUACAUACGAACGGGGCAUCAAAAUCCUGAUCGCUUUCCCCUAGAAAGUCAAACACAAGUUGCUGAUGCAGUCUUCAUUGGCAAAUAUGAACUAGGUAACGAAAUCAAGAAUAAAAUCACAAACUACGUGGAAUUGACUUCCGAUACAAGGCCGGACGAUCCUGCUAUAAAAAUGCAUUUAGGGCUAUACUACCACACAAACGAUGUUUUUAAUCCAGAAAUAGGCGACUUACGCUUACUAUUUUCUUUUGCUGGUAUGGAGGGCGAAAUGUACACUGUAGUAGGAAAACUGAUGAAUAACAAAAUAUUGCCAUAUCGGACCAGUCGAGGCGUAGAUAUACUGCUUGUAUAUAAUGGAGAACUCGGACUUGCGGAAGUUUUUAAGCAAGAGCAUCACGCGCAACGGCUUACUACAUGGGGCUAUCGCUUUAUGGGUUGGGUGUUGGUAUUUUUUGGUGUUACGUGCACAUCUAAGUUACUACAUAUUAUGUUAAGCCGCGUCGCUUUUCUCGCUGUCUUAGCGCCGGAUCCACAGUUCCCCGUGGGUGCUAAUAUCAUGUUAUCAUUGUCCCUUGCACUAAUUAUAGCCUCAAUUGCCUGGAUUCUACAUCGGCCAAUGAUUGGUGCCAGUUUGUUGUUUGCUGCGGCGUCACCAUUUGUGUGGUGCGCUCGUAGUGUGUCCAAUUACCAACGCGUCAACUAAAAAUUUUUAAUUUCAUGGAUUACUUACUUGUCUGCUAGUCAUUAAAAUAAUUUUUUAAUAAAAACGUUAUUUUUUAGUGUUUACAUGUAUGUAAAUAUAUUGAAAAAUUAACUUAA